UGACUGGACCGGCUGCAUGUCCAAGGGAAAAAAAAAAGAGAAGGGUAUUUUUGGAAAAUAAGAUAAUAGCGGUGGAGCAAAGGGAAGAGUUGUGGGAGGAAGAUGAAGCUUUUCGACGCACACUGUCAUCUUCAAGAUCCAAGAAUCUUAAGCAACGUUCCCCAAAUCAUAGCAACCGCCCAAAGCGUAGGUGUUGCUGCCUUCGCCGUCAAUGGAGUCUCCGAGAAAGACUGGCUUCAGGUCAAAUACAUGUCCCAAUCCUAUCCUUCAGUCAUCCCUUCCUUUGGCCUCCAUCCAUGGUUCGUUGCAGAAAGGUCUCCCAAUUGGUUCGACACUCUCAAACAAUUCUUCGAUUCUACGCCAUCCGCCGCCGUCGGAGAGAUUGGUCUUGACAAAGGAUCUCAUGGAAGGAACGUUGAUUUUUCAGAUCAGGUUGAAGUACUCAAGAACCAGCUUCAACUUGCAAAAACGUUAAACAAGCCGGCAUCUGUACACUGUGUUCGUGCCUUCGGUGAACUUCUUGAGAUGAUGAAGUCAAUGGGACCUUUUCCUGCCGGUGUUAUUCUUCAUUCUUACCUAGGAUCUGCAGAGAUGGUUCCUGAAUUUUCAAAGCUCGGUGCUUAUUUUUCCUUCUCAGGGUUUCUAAUGUCAUUAAAAGCAAAUAAGGCAAAGAAAAUGCUGCAGAUGGUCCCUUCUGAUAGAAUUUUGUUGGAGACUGAUGCACCUGAUGCACUGCCAAAGUCAAACAUAGAUUCUCUUUUUUUCGUCGAUGGAGAUCCUUCUCUCCCCGAGGAGCCUCAAGGUAAAAGCUCAACAUCAUCCCCAGCAUCGGGUACAUCGCUUAAUGACGGGUCCCAAGUCUUAACAGAUGCUUCGACAUUGCCAAAGGAAACUCUAAAUCAUCCAGCCAACAUACAUCUGGUACUUGAUUAUGUUGCAUCAAUGCUAGAGAUUACAAAAGAAGAGCUUGCUGAACUAAGUUAUCAAAACGCAGUGCGAGUAUUCUCCUAUGAAGGUUCGAAAGUACUCCACGCAUAAGCGAAGUAAUGAUGUAGCAAAUGUCGACAGAGAAGAAGUAAAGAAGUAGAAGAUUACAUGUGUAACGCGCACAUAAAGCAAACAACAUACUAUAACUUAUGUUGCCAAUACACAACAUGUAA